AUGGUCACGCUGGCCACCCCAACAAUUACUCACACGGCUAUCGCAGCGCUUCGCCUAUUCCCUCGCCUUUGCCAUUAUUGCAUUGGUCUCGGUGUUAGCGUGGAAGCAGGCACUCAGACAGCUCAGAGUGUAGCCAUUGAGCAACCGCAGCUAGUCGUGUCGGGCACUUUUCCCGUGGCCAGUGUUGUUCCAUCUCCGGAAAAAGAAGUUGUGCCCCCCUUGACUUUCUCAUCGUCGCCUCGCCAUGCCAAGAUACCAUCAACCUACUUGGCUUCCUCAUACGAUGGACUGUGGCCUGUCACAUUAAUGAUCGUCAGGCACUACCCAUACACAGAAAACAGUUUGAACAAGAAAGAGAGCAGAUGGAACAGUACCAGGUCAGAUAAGAGCGCCUGCUUGACCGUAUCCGCAAAGCCGAGGCCGACUUGCGUGAGGCAAGGGACCAACUUCAAGCCACCCAUCCACCCCUCCGAGAGAAAAGGCACCUCGCUGGAGUCAUGGGCCAUGGAACUGGUCCGAUACUGCCACUCCCACCGCUCCUGUCGCAUGGACCCUCCGAUGCAACACCUGGCACAGAUUUACAACCGACUAGACACGGAGCUCCGACCCCUGACAACACGACGAUCUGAGAAGAUCGACCUCAGUGAGUACCUUACCCACGUCCAGGACUGUCAGAAAGUGUGGAGGGACAGACUGCUUGCCUCCGAAAAAUCUGGAAAGUGA